AUGUUCAAGCAAGAUGUCCUUUUACAGAAUAGGAUAAUGCACAAAGGCACAGCAGGAACUAUAGUUCAAUCCAGUUCCAAUUCCCAAAUAGAAGAUAGUAGACGAAGCAUUGUAGAAAAUUCAAAUGUUCACAAUUUCUCACAAAAGUUCAAUGAAGGUAGUCGAGUAAGAAGACAACCGUUUCAAAUGAUUCCCACAAGAUCAAUUGUAGUUGAUCCCAUCUUCGUUGACCUGGACAACUUUCAGAACUUUAACGACAUUUCUGAGUCAAUGAAUUUUGACGAGGAGUUUCUUGCUACACCUCCUCCACCAUUUAUCCCUGUAACUGUAGAGGAUGAGCUCCUGGAAACAAGUUUCUCCGAAUCUCCGUCAAUUUUACGAGCUCAGCUACCAAAUAAUCCAAGGAUCUCGAUCUUCACAACUACUACCCCUGCUCCCGUCACGUCAACAACAACAACAACCACUACAACAACUGAAAAGACACCAGCAUUAGUUCCCACAACUCUCAAGAUUUUCGAGGACAGAAGAACACAAAUUCAGCGUACCAGUGACUUUUCAUCUCAUUUUCCAACCCCGAAAAUCGAAGACAUGACAGUCAGAACGACUCUUCCAACUUCCUCUACGUUCGGCAUGCGAAAAUUCAUUUCAACCUCCCCAUUCCCGAUCCCAAUGCCUAUGGUCAUACCUGAUGAAGACGAUGAUAUAGAUUCAUCUGAGAGUGAUAGCUCAAGGUUCGAUCCUGAGAGUGAGGAAGGCAUACCAUCUUUUCCAAUCAAGCGAGAUGAUAAGGAACACAGUGAAAUAUUUUCCGAAUUGACUACUACAACUGAGAGAACAACUAUGAACCCUUUAUGGUGGACGCCUCGUCCUGCGUUUAUAGGUCAAACAUCAGUACAGCUUUUGCAAAAAAAGCAAGAAGAGAACAAAUCAAGCAGACCCAUUGUGCAACUAUCAUUGGAUCAGCAAACUUCACCUAAACGCCUCUCUCAAUGGGGCCGAACGCAGCCAUUGGAAGAACGAUUGCCUAAAAGUCGUUACCACAAUACGGAGAAUACUGUUUUUGUUGGAUUACCGACGAAAAAAACAUUAUCGCUUCGUCCUCAUCGUUUACCAUCAGUGUCAUCUCGUUCAUCAUUUCCAUCUUCUAGUUUCAAACCACAAUCAUCUCAAGGGAGUGUUCUCACGAGAAAUACAGGAAACGUUGCAGAAAAAGAAAUCUUAAAAGAAUUAGAAUCUUUGGCCUCACGAGUACAUCUGAAUGAUUUGAAAAACGUUUUCCAACAGAAGAAAAAACAUUCUGAUUUUUCGAACUGGAAUAGAGAAAAUGUCGACAACGAGUUAGUAUCGAAACGAAAUGCUUUAAGACAGUUGGAAUUACUCAAAGAUUUACAUGAAAAACAUAUCAUGCGAAAUUUGCCACAUCUUCCAAUCGCAUCAGCUGAGAAAAAAAUGGUUCCUAAGGACAUUGAUGAAUUGGAUUUGGCAUUGAAGGAACUGGGCUUAUCUGUAGAAGAUUCACAUGAGGAUUCUAUGAAAAACAUAAACGUAUUAGGCGAAAAGCGCACUCUCAAACAGGGAUUAUCAAGGAAGUCGAUUUCAUCAUUGACAUCGAGAUAUAGAAUUCAUAAGAUGAACAGUGGAGUCCAGAUAUUCGAGAGGAAUGCCCAAGACAGAAACCUGGUACACGGAUACGGAUAUAGUGGAAGGAAACUAAAUAAACUCAAUAAAUCUAAAGCGUUCCGAGCGGUUCCACCAUCAUCGCCUCAGCGCAUUUAUUCGGUUCCUGGAUCAGAAUUAUUGCCUUCGGUCGCGCGCUCUGAAGUGAAAAGUGUUGAACAACUGGUGCAUUCUUUGAAGAGAAGAGAUGACGCAUCAAAUGUUUGCCAAUUAGCAAAGUGUAGUUUUGAAGAAGGAGAUUUAUGUAAUUGGGAAUCAUCUUAUGAUGAGACUACACGAGUACGAAGAACCAAACGUGAAAACUUGAAUGAUGAAAAGUUUUUCGUGAUGAGAUCUUGGAGUAACUGGUUGGGUCAUAACAAUACUUCUGUUAUAACAAUAGAUAAAGCUCCUAUUUUCAACGAACUGAACAAACAUUUCGCUGGAAUCGUAUUGAACGCUCAACAGCGCGGUUCGUUAACUUUACGACUUAAUCAUGAAGAAUCAUUCAAAUUACGCUUUCGUGGAUAUGAUGUAAGACCGGCUACAAAGCUAAAGGUGUGUUGUGACGAGUCAUGCUUUGUGUCAAAUCGCGAUCCUGAACAACAUCGGUGGAAAAAACUUCAAGUGGAAUGUCCUGCUAGAACACAACAGAUUUCAUUUGAAUGUAUGAGUGGUGGCCCUUACAGAGGUGCUUGUGGAGUCGAUGAUAUCUCUAUAUACUCGGAUAUAUGUACAUAG